GGUUCUUUCUUCUCUUCAUAAAAGCUCAAUCCUCUCCUCCUCUCUCUUCUCAACUCAAAACCCUACCUAGAACUAGAACCAAAGGAAGAAGACCAAGUCGAGUUGAGAGAUUCUGAAGAUUCGUAGAAACUCUCUCAUCAUCUUAUUUAAAGGCGAAAGAUAGAUAUGACUGCAGAAGUUAAGGUUGAGGAGAAGCAGGUGGAGUCUGAGGUUGUUAUUGCCUCUGCUGUUGCUCCUGUGGAGGAGACAACAGUGAAAGCUGUUGUGGAGGAAGAAGUUGAUGGGAGCGAGGCUAAGGUUGUGGAGAAGAGUUCUUCUUUUAAAGAGGAGAGUGAUUUCUUCUCUGAUUUGAAGGAUUCUGAGAAGAAGGCUUUGAGUGAUCUGAAGACAAAGCUUGAAGAAGCAAUUGUUGAGAACACGCUCUUUAAGAAGAAGAAAGAGACUCCUGUGAAGGUGGUUGAGAAGAAGAAGGCUGAAGAGGACAAGGCUGUUGUUACAGAAGAAGCCAAAGCUGAGGAACGCCCCAAAGAAGAAGCAAAGACUGAUGCUGUUGUGACCGAGGAAGCCAAAGCUGAGACAAUUGAGGAUGUUGUUCAAAAGGAAAGCCCCAAAGAAGAAGAAGUAAAGACUGAGGCUGAUGUUGUCGACACCAAAGAGGCUGAGAUUGCAGAAGAAGAGAAGAAAACCGAGGAGGCUGUUGUUACCAAAGAAGCCACUGUGGAGCAGGAGGAAGAAGAUGAGAUUGUGGAUAACGAUAUCGAGCUAUGGGGAGUGCCGCUACUUCCAAGCAAAGGAGCUGAAGGCACAGAUGUAAUCCUCUUGAAGUUCCUGAGAGCGAGAGACUUCAAAGUCAAUGAUGCCUUUGAGAUGCUCAAGAAAACUCUCAAAUGGAGAAAGGAACAGAAGAUUGAUUCGGUCCUUGGGGAAGACUUUGGCGAGGAUCUUGCCUCUGCAGCUUAUAUGAACGGUCUGGACCGUGAAUCACGCCCGGUUUGUUACAAUGUCUACCAGACGACAUUUGGAUCAGAGCAAAGCAGAGAGAAUCUGUUGAGAUGGAGGUUUCAGCUGAUGGAGAAGGGAAUCCAGAAGCUCGAUCUGAAACCAGGUGGUGUUACUUCUCUUCUCCAGAUCCAUGACCUCAAAAACUGCCCUGGACUUUCCAAGACAGAGCUAUGGGUUGCAAUCAAGAACGCCAUAGUAGCUUUGCAGGACAACUACCCGGAGCUUGUUUCCAAAAACGUAUUCAUCAACGUUCCCUUAUGGUUCUACGCCGUCAGCACUUUCCUGUCUCCAUUCUUAACACAACGAACCAAGAGCAAGUUUGUUGUGACUCGUCCAGCUAAUGCCACAGAGACUCUUCUCAAGUACAUUCCAGCAGAGGAGAUCCCUGUUCAGUACGGUGGAUUCAAAAGAGAUGAUGAUAAUGAAUUCUCCAACGAAGCUGUUUCUGAAGUUGUUGUGAAGCCUGGAUCAUCUGAAACCAUCGAGAUCCCAGCUACUGAGACUGAAGGAACAUUGGUUUGGGACGUUGCUGUUUUGGGAUGGGAAGUGAAUUACAAGGAAGAGUUUGUGCCAGCAGAUGAAGGAGCUUACACCAUAAUUGUCCAAAAGGUGAAGAAGAUCGGUUCUAAUGAAGGUCCGGUCAGGAACAGUUUCAAGAACAGUGAGUCUGGUAAGAUUGUUCUCACCGUUGACAAUGUCUCUAGCAAGAAGAAGAAGAGAGUUCUGUACAGGUACAGGACCAAGACGGAAUCCUCUUGCUGAACUUGAGGCUUUCAGCAAAAUCAUCUAAGCAGUCUCUGGAUAUAAUAUUCUUUUGCUACAGUUGAAAAGUUUGGUGUUAUUAUUAUUAUUUUUGAGUGAUACUUAACGUGAGAAAGAGAUACACUACUGCCAUUGUUUCAUUGAAAUUCAAUCUUUUUUUGCUUGUGUUAUGAAAUUUUUUCUAUCUC